AUGUCCCCAGCCGCCCGUAUGUCUCACUCGCCUCCCUCGACGCACGAAGACGAGCCGACUGGUACUGGGCUCCAAUCACGUUCUCGCAAUGCACGGGCCCAGGCGCGCCACCGUGCCAAACGCAAAAAGUACAUCGAGACCCUCGAGGAAACCGUCAAGCGCCUCCAGACCAUCGUCGAUGCCGCCGGCCUCGAUCCGAAUGCUUUCCCGCCCCCCAUGCCGUCGGCCCAUGUACACUCUCACCCCUAUCUCAGGGAGCUCCAGGACGACAAUGCCCGUCUCCGUCGAGAGGCCGAUGCCCUCCGUGUCCAAAUCGCUGCCCUCACCGCCCAUGUCUCGGCUGGAUCCCACGUGACGUCCUCGCUGCCCAUGCAUUAUGCACCGUCCCCGCCCCCCUCCGACGCACACACACCGCCUCCGAACUCGGAGCGCGACUCGAAGAAGCGUAGAAUGAGUGCUGAGCGUGACCACGCUCCCUUGUACUUGGCGAGUGCCUCUGUCCCUUCCAUUCCCCUCCCCUUCCCUCUUCGAGCCUAG